UUAAGAAAAAAUCUGAAUCUUGAUUCCAUCGAUGUGUACUCUGUAUAAUUUGUAUAUCUUUGUGCACAAUUACAGUUUGGUAACCUCCACAACUCUUGGCAAGACUUCAUAAAGGCCAGAACUGUGUUUGCCCUGGCAAUAGCUCUACCCCACUGCUAGAGUCUAAGCUUCCCAAAGAUGGAGACUUAUUUUGUUCACAGUGCCUGCUUAAAGAGACCCACAGAUUUCAGUUGAGAUCACCGUGGCAGCCGUACCCUUCCUUCCUCAUGAGGAGCAGCAGCUCUUAUCAACAGCAACACUGACAGAACCUGUGUUUUGGACAAGGACCGAUGGCUUCAAGCCUAGGUUGGAGAGCAUGUGCACCAUUUCCCAUGAACCACUGUGGCGUCUUUCUGAAAGCUGUGAGAAGCAAUGGUCUUUCCUUGUUUCCCUGGGGCCAUUACCCCUGGAGAGGAACUGGAAGCUUUUUGGACCCUGAGAUGAAAGCUUUCCUGGAGGAGAACACUGAAGUCAGCAGCAGUGGCAGCCUCACCCCUGAAAUCCAGUUGCGGCUUUUGACGCCCAGAUGCAAGUUCUGGUGGCAAAAAGCUGACCUGUGGCCCUAUAGCGAACCUUACUGGGCAAUCUACUGGCCAGGAGGCCAGGCCCUGUCUAGGUAUCUUUUGGAUAAUCCUGAUGUUGUUAGAGGAAAGUCUGUGUUAGAUCUUGGGAGUGGAUGUGGAGCUACGGCUAUAGCUGCCAAGAUGAGCGGGGCAUCGAGGAUCUUGGCCAACGACAUAGACCCUAUUGCAGGAAUGGCUAUCACACUGAAUUGUGAGUUGAACCAACUGGAUCCUUUUCCCAUUUUAACCAAAAAUAUUUUGGAUUUGGAACAAGAUAAGUGGGACCUUGUUGUGCUUGGAGAUAUGUUUUAUGAUGAAGACCUUGCAGACAGUCUUCAUCAAUGGCUGAAGAAUUGCUUUUGGACCCAUAGAACUCGAGUCCUGAUUGGUGACCCUGGACGACCCCAGUUCAGUGGACAUAGCAUUCAACAUCAACUGCACAAAGUGGUAGAAUAUUCACUUCCAGAGCCUACCAGGAAGGAAAACAAUGGAUUGACAACAAGCACAGUAUGGGAUUUUCAGCCUUGAGUUGUCCAAGUGCUUCCAGGUGUGAAUAUAGCUAUGUUUGGGUUUAACCCUAAAAGACCUCCAGUUUAAAGCAUGUAGUAUCUUGUUUCCAAAACCUGAAGUCUUAAAGUUUUGUCAGCCUUUGUCAUGUAAUUUGUUCUGCAUUAUGCCAAAUAUACAAAUCCCUACCUGCAGUUUUCUGGUUUUGCUGCUGUAGGAAUAGGAUUCUAGAAGGCAACACCAAAAUGGUAGCAACAUGUAAUUUAAGUAGUGGAGAGGGAUGAGAAAGAAAAUGAGAAAGCAAUGUCUGUUUCUGUAGUUGAGGACAACUCUAUGAUGGAUCUUCAAAUUAGACACAAUACAAAAUAUAGAAUAGUACUGUAUUUCAAAAAAUGACCUGUAAAGAUCAGAGCUGCAUUUAGUGUGGUACAGAGUACAUGGGCUUUGGAGUCAGGCAACUCUGUCACUUUCUAGUUGGGACUUUAGGCUAGUUAAGCUCUCUGAGCUUUAAUUUCCUUAUCUAUAAAAUUGUAACAAACUUAAUAAACCUCACCUCAAGGCUAUUUUAUUAAAUGAAAGUAUAAAGUGCCUCAUACAGUAUUUAGUACAUAAUAGGACCUCAACUGACAGUCGUGGAUAAAAAUAAAGAUUUUAGAAUUUCCUA